CACGGAGUCUUCACAUGUUAAUUUCAAGAAUAAUUUUUUUUUUGUUAUGAUUAAGAUUAAUUACAUGAUGGAAAAGACAGGUUCUCAAUAGUUCAUGCUCUCUACCCCCAUACCUUUUGCAGCAGAUUUUUCUCCUUUUUUUUUUUAUGAAUAAAAAAGAAUGAGACAUUUUGCCUCCGCUCUUUUCUUCAGAUUAGUCCUUUCACAUAGGAGCAUCCAUUCUUUCCAUUAGAUCUUCAACUCUCGCCUUUCUGUUCCUGUGGAGAGAGAGGCUUUUCAAUCAUAAGAACUGAUGGAGACAUCUAGGGUUUUGAUCUUUCCAAAGCUGCUAGGAUCUUAGGGUUUUUUUAUAUAUCUACAGAUCAGUCCUCUCUGAAUUGUCCUCUUCCAUUCAGAUCAGAAGUUAUAUAAGUAAUGUUGAGUUUUCGAAGUCCGUAAGUGAGUUUUAGGGUCCUAGGGGUGAUCAAUCUAAUGUCCAUGGAUGUUCUAAUUCCUCUUGAUAGCAUGCUCAAAACUCUUGAGAGGUACCAGAAGUGCAACUAUGGAGCACCAGAGCCAAAUGUGUCAGCAAGGGAGGCCUUGGAACUGAGUAGCCAGCAGGAAUAUCUGAAGCUUAAAGCACGCUACGAAGCUCUGCAAAGAACCCAGAGGAAUCUUUUGGGAGAAGACCUUGGCCCUCUGAGCAGCAAAGAGCUUGAAUCACUUGAAAGACAGCUUGAUAUGUCACUGAAGCAGAUCAGAUCAACAAGGACCCAGUACAUGCUGGAUCAGCUCAAUGAUCUACAGCAUAAGGAACACAUGUUGACUGCAGCUAAUAAGUCUCUGAGAGAAAGGUUGAUGGAAGGCUACGAAGUAAAUUCACUCCAGUUGAAUCUAAGUGCAGAAGAUGUGGGUUUUUCUCGACAACAAGCUCAACCCCAAGGUUAUGGAUUCUUUCAUCCUUUGGAGUGCGAACCUACUUUACAAAUUGGGUAUCAGCCUGACAGUGCUAUAACAGUGGUCACUUCUGGCCCAAGUAUGACUGCUUACAUGCCAGGUUGGUUACCAUGAUAGGAGGACUACCGCGCGCGGUUCCCAGUCAUGGAAUGCAUUUCCUCAACAGCAAGGUUGAUUACCCAUUGUUCAGAAAAUCUGCGCGUCUUGUAUGUUACUGAUGAAACAGUCUGUUAUUAUGAGGUGGAUCAAUCAUUUAUCAUAAUUCUACUGCACCUAGGACCAGUGCAAGUAAUGCUUUGUGUGUGCGUGUGCAAGCACUGUGCUGCUGCUUUCAGCAGUUGCAGGCUCUCUCUCUUCUUCUUUUUUUUAAUUAUUUUUAUGAAGAAUAAUUCUCCUUUGUAUGCAAGACCAUGAAAUUUAAGGUGUUUCUAUCUA